GAAUUUGUUGCCAGUUGUAUUGAUGUUCGAUGUGAGUAUCACAGAAGGUGAAUGGCUAAGAAGUUUGAAUCUAACCGAUUUAUGUCGUUCCUAUGAUGUCAGUUUGGCUAUUCGUCCUACUAAAUCAAGAGAAUUUCGGAAGACUGUUGUGAUAAGAACAAGAGAGAGAAAUAUUCGUUCAUUGUAUAUUAUGUGGCAAAGAAUACAAGAGUUAUUAUUACACUAUGCAAAAGCAAUCGAGACUAGCAUUUAUGGUUCAAAAUGUUUAAAUUCAGUGAGCUAUCAAGUUAAUUCAGGUGAAUUAUGGCCGAAUGAUAUUUUCAAGUCGAAGAAUGAAUACAAGGAGGUAGAAAGAUUUCCAAAUAGAAGGAGAAUAACUUGUGAUGAUACACAGGGUUAUAAAACAAUCAAUCAUGAUGAGAUGAACAAAGAGAACAUGAUGUUCGCUUCUCCAACUUUAUCAUCACAUUCAAUGAAAGCAACAACAUCAAGGAAGCCGUUUGGCAAUACUAUUUGCAGUAACCAAUUAGGUGGAGCAAUGAAUUCCUAUCAUCAUCAUCAUCAUCAUCAUCAUGAUCGUGAUCAGAAGGAUCGUCUGAGUUUAAUGGAUUAUGAAUCGAGUGCAGAAUUGAAAUUGAAAUCUGACAGUAUUGUGACCGAUAACAGUAGAAUAUGGAAAGGAUGUGACGAUUUAAGGGAACGCUUCAAUAUACAAACAAAUGAAAUGUAUGUCUUCCAGUUGCAGUGCAUUUUGAAAACAAGUUAUUUUUACUUUCAGUUUGUUAGUUUGUAUAUUUAUGCUUCAUAGUAAAUUACCGGAUAUAAUAUUAUUUUAAGUAUGAAUGUUUAGUCAUUCGACUAUGAGAGUUUAGUGAGUUUUAUGGGAUUUUGACAGACCGAGUAUUACGGAUAUUUUUGAAGUCACUGUGUAGUGUGUAGGGAUUUGAUUAGUGUCAAGGUAGGUUACUAUACGAGCUGACAUGAUUUAGAGAACCACUGGAAAUCAGGGAGCACCAGACAGACACUGGUCACGACUUCUCACUGAAACUC